AUGGCUUUCAGGGAGCUAUCAAUAGGAAUAGUCCUCUUGUCACAGAUUGUACUUGGAAUCCUUGGAAAUUUCUCUCUUCUUUACUAUUAUCUCUUCCUUUACUUCACUGGGCACAGGUUAAAACUGACAGAUUUGAUUAUCAGUCACUUGAUGGUAGCCAAUUCUUUAACCCUUCUCUCUAGAGGAAUUCCCCAGACAAUGGAAGCUUUUGGGUUGAAAUUUUUCCUAAGUGACAUUGGGUGCAAACUUGUUUUCUAUCUUCACAGAGUGGGCAGGGGUGUGUCCAUCAGCAGCACCUGCCUCUUGAGUGUCUUCCAGGCCAUCAAGAUCAGUCCAAGAAACUCCAGGUGGGCAGAACUUAAAGUGAAGGCUCCCAAGUAUAUUGGCUUCUGUAUUUUCUUAUGUUGGGUCCUGCAAAUGUUGCUAAAUAUUACUAGCCCUAUAUAUGUGACAGGCAAAUGGGAUAACAGAAAUGCCACAAUGAGAAAGGACUUGGGAUUCUGUUCUGCAGAACAAACUGAUAUAAUCACAGUAUCAUUGUAUGCGGUAUUAUUACUGUUCCCUGAUAUUUCAAGUUUAGGGGUCAUGAUCUGGGCCAGCAGUUUCAUGGUAUUCAUCCUGUACAGGCACAGGCAGAAGGUUCAGCACAUUCAUAAGACCAACAUCUUUCCUCGUUCUUUUCCUGAGUCCAGAGCUACCCAAAGAAUCCUAAUCCUUGUGAACAUCUUCGUGUCAUUUUACUUCAUCUCUGCCAUCAUCCAAGUCUGUAUUUCUCAUUCUCAUAAACCAAGUUGGUUGCUGGUGAAAAUUUCUGCCCCCAUCUCUGUGUGUUUUCCAACAUUCUACCCCUUUGUGUUCAUGAGCCAUUGCUUCAGUGUGUCCAGGGUCUUUGUCCGAAUAAGGAAUACAAAACCACCUGACUUUGCAAGAAAUACAUAA